AUGGAGCUAUAUAAAAAGCGGCUGCAAACUUACGCUGCACAAUCGAGCGAUCAGCUCCUCCGGCAACUGUUGUGUAUAUUUGAAGAGAUUCCCUCAAGGGUUCAACAAUACCCUCAGAUGCGAAAGGAUAUAAAACAGUUCCUGGAGGAGCAGUCCGAUAACGGACAUCGAGCACUAUUCGAACUUAGCGCACGCAUUGCGAAACUCGAAUCGGAAGGCCAGGCAGCUAGGGCGCCCUCAAGGACCGCGUCGUCCGAUGGGCAUGAGGACGUCCUUAAGAGACUGGAAGAGAUGGAGGCGGCGCUGACGGAACGCAUCAAACAAAUGGAGCAGACCAUCCAGGAAGACCUACAAGGUCUUGAAGUAAGCGCCGACGAACGAAACUCCGACUUGCUCGGCGGGAUCGGCGACAGGCUCGAGGAGACUAGGGCGGCUAUUGACCACACGACCGUGGAGGUCGGAAAAGAGUUCGGGAGCCAAAUGUACGAUCACUUCAAGAGCCUGGUCGGCGGUAUUGCCGAGGAUGUCGUGGCGGCCAAGAACGAAAUCGCUGAGGCCACAAAAGGACUGAUGAGUGCGAACCAAGCCCCAGUACCAGUCCUUAAAACAUACGCCAGCGCCGCUGCAACCAAACCCGCCCACCGCCCCGCACUCCAUUCGGUGGCGGUCACCCUUGAGGGCGGAGAGGAGACCGCGGAUGAGGUCCUCUCAAGGGUGAAGAAGGCGGUCGACGCGAGAGGUACCGGCCUUAAAAUAAGUAAGGUCAGAAAGGCAAAGAAUCAAACAGUUAUACUGGGCUGCGACACUGAGGAGGAAAGAAAUAAAGUGCAAAAAAUUAUAGAGAAACGUGGCAACGGAUUAAAAGUAACACCCAUGCAAAAUAAAAAUCCUCUUGUCAUCCUAAAAGACAUAUAUAUAGAUAGCGAAGACCAAGACCUAAUUACGGCACUCUAUGCCCAGAACAAGGAAGUUUUUGAAGGUCUAUCGGAAGAGGAAAUAAAAGUGGACAUCAAAUUUAAAAAACGAACUAGGAAUCCAAAGACGGUGCACAUCAUCCUCCAGGUGCGGCCUAGCGUAUGGCGGAGGAUGACGGAGGCUGGGGCCCUCUAUCUCGACCUCCAAAGGGUCAGAGUCGAGGACCAGUCUCCGUUAAUACAAUGCACUCGGUGCUUAGCAUUUGGACAUGGCCGUAAAUUUUGCACCGAGGGUGCGGACAGAUGCAGUCACUGCGGAGGACCGCAUCUGCGCGAAAGAUGCGCAGAUCUCACCGCAGGAAAUGAACCGCGGUGCUGCAACUGCUCGCACUCUGGGUUGCAAAAAACCGACCACAACGCCUUCAGUGUCGAUUGCCCAGUACGAAAAAAGUGGGACUACCUGGCUCGAGCUAACACGGCCUACGCAUGA